AUGGCUCCAGAGCCAAGAGACCUUCUUUGGGAAAAUUUGAUUAUGCGAUUUCGGGAGAAUAUAAUCCGUUCUGUUAUUGUUAAUGUUUGCGUUUGGGCUUUGACAAUCUUUUGGCUUUUUCCUAUUUUUGCUUUCCUUACUCUAACAUCAAUUGAUUCUCUUUCUCAACGAAUUUCUUUCUUGGGUGCUUUUUUGGAUGCUAAACCCGCUAUACGUACUCUACUUCAAAACGUUUUGCCAACUGUGCUAGUUUCAUUUUUCAUGGCAAUUUUACCUUGGAUUUUAAUGGAAAUUUCAAAACAAGAAUGUUUCGCAUCUUAUUCAGAAUUGGAAGAAGCAGUAUUAGUUCGAUUUUACCAUUUUGCCUUCUUUAAUGUUUUCAUAGUAUUUUUACUGGGUAUUACAUUUUUACAAUCAAUUUUUGAUAUGAUCACUAAUCCCACUAAUAUUAUUGAGUUGCUUGCUACUAGUUUGCCCAAG